AUGGGGUGGCCGUAUCACAUCGUGCAUCUCAGCCCAGACGAGAAGCAGGCGCGCCGAGUCCUGUUGGGUCAGUAUGGACUGUAUUCUCAGCUGUCUGUGCUGGUGCCGAUAUUGGGGUUUUGGGGAUACAGGCUGGGGAGAUGGGUGUAUCAGCGGGCCACAAGGCAAGCGAAAGGUAAAUAUAGAAGUGUGACAGAUACAUCAGAGUCAGGUCCACAGCCUGCGUCGCUUUUGAAACGAUGGAGAUUGUUCAGAUGGUGGCUAGGGGAUGAAGUAGCGCCUGGCUGGGGCAUCCGGGUACACUGGGUUGUUGGUUCAAUCUGGGUGAUGUGGGCGUUAUUUCUCUGCGUUCACAGAACAGGACAGGACUAUGUGCACUUGACAAAACGUUUUGGGAUCAUCCCCGUGGCGCAACUGCCUACGCAUUUUAUGCUGGCAGUCAAGUCUCCCUUCAACCCCCUCACUCUCAUUUUCAACACCUCCCAUGAGGAACUUUUACCCUGGCAUCGAAUAUCCGGGAGACUGAUAUUUACUUGUCUACUGCUGCAUGUGUCAUUGUAUCUGAACUACUUCAUCCAAUCCGAAAUCCUAUGGGAGCGCCUCACCUCGACGAGAAUCAUCCUCGGCGUCGUCGCAUUUACCCUCCUUCUCGCCCUGAUCAGCACCAGCCUCGACAUCGUCCGCCAUCGAAGUUACCGUGUAUUCACCAUCACACACUCCGUGGCCGCAACGGUGAUCCCAUUCUUCCUAUUCUUCCACGCGCGUCCCAUGCGGUGGUACAUCAUCGAAACUCUCUUCAUCUCCGCCUUCUCUCGAAUCACCCAGCUGGACACGAUCACCGCACAUGCCACGGUCUCCCACAUCCCGCGCACCAGCCUCGUCCAAGUGCAGAUUCCCAUCCCCACAUCCAAGAUACAGCGGUUCCGAGCCGCUCCAGGGCAGCACGUCUUCCUAUCCAUCCACCCGCAAACAGUGCAGAAGAUCCAGUCGUCGCUGGCAAUGAGCCUAUUCAUGCGCAAUCCGUUCAGCGUGGCGGAUGUUUCUGAAAACAAUGAGAUCACGCUGGUCGCGCGCGUCCAGGACGGCUUUACGUCGCGAGCGCUGGACGCCCUCGCCGCCUCGGCGGAAAAGCCGAGUCUGCUUACGCUCUUUGGGCCGCUGGGAUGUGCUCGACGAUUUCCGAAUCUGGCAGUUGAGUAUGAUCGGGUUCUGCUGGUGGCGGGUGGAGUUGGCGCGACUUUCGUUCUACCGAUUUAUCGCCAACUUCGUGGACAGUUCGAGGCGGAGGGGAAGGGGCCCGAUAGGGUAUCGUUCGUUUGGUCGAUGAAGGCCAUUGACGAAGCUGCGUGGGUCAUGGACUUGGGAGACGGCCAGUCGCUUGCUCAUGAUGAGAAUAUCAAGUUGCAUUUGACCCGGUCUUAUCAGAUGCAAGCCACUGAGCCGUCAACAGAUGAUAGUAUUGAAAUGCAAGAGCUGCAGCCAUUGAGACGUCCGGGUUGGAAAUCUAUGCAACCCGGUCGACCUGACUUUGGAAAGAUUGUCGACGAUCUCUUUCGAGGCCGUGAACCGGAUGAGCGGGUCGCUAUUUUAUUCUGCGGGCCAGCGGGAAUGGGCAGGGAGCUUAGGGCGCAUGUUGGUGCAUGGGUAUCGAAAGGGAGAAUUGUCUGGUGGCACGCUGAGACCUUCGGGUGGUGA